AUGUACGGUAACGUUGGUCUUCCAACACCCAGAGGCUCGGGAACUAACGGUUAUGUAGUUCGUAAUCUUUCGUACAUCCGACAGCGAAAAGACGUAGUUCCUUACGAAUCUCUUGAAGAAAGCAAAUCCAAAGCUUCUUCGCUCCUAAACCGCCAGCCAAACCAGGAAAUAUUGAAUCAUGAAAAAAAGAGAAAGGUUGAGAUCGAGUGUUUAAAUUACCGACGGAAACUAGAAGAAGUUGGGAAACGCGAAGAAGAAAUUGAGGAAAGAGUAAAUAUAUAUCGUCAAGAAUUACUAUCAUCUCUCGACACGAUGAGAGACGACAAAAAUAUACAAGAGCAUCAGGUUCACCAACUUUCCCAGGCUAAAGCCACCGAGAAUGAGAGAAUGAUGAAAGCAUUAGGAAUUAAACCGCAUGAAUAUGUGGAAGGUGCGGCGUUCGAUCGCGAUUUACAAGAACAGAAUAAACGUGAUCGUUUAGCGCAAAAAGCUAAGCAAAAUGAGGAACGCCAAAAAAGAAUUAUUGAAAAGAAUAUAGAGUUAUUGAAAAAGAAAGAUGAUAAAAAGCAAGAUGUGCGUGAUAGAAAUAAGUAUUCUUCCGUUAAAAGAGAAGAAAAGAAGGAUCAUGGACGAGAUUACAAAGACGGAAGAAAGAGUAAAAAACACGAUACUGAAAGCAAUAGUGAAAGUAGUAGUGAAAGUAGUAGCGAUUCCUCGGAAGGUGAUGACAGCGAUAACGAGGCAGUUCGUCAUGCAAAGAACUACGAAUCCAAAGGUCGUUCUAAUAGGUAUGAAGAUCGGGAUGCAGAUGUAAUCCACAAAGGGAAUAAUGAAUCAAGAAAUAUUAGGGACGAGGAUUACAGAAGGACUGAUCGAAGAUUACCACGAUCUCCCAGAAGACGUCAUAAUUCGUCAUCGCGUAGACAUAGGGAUGCCAGCAUACCUACUUCUAGAAGAUACAGAGAUGGCAGUUUAUCACCCGUUCCAAGUAGACAUCGUGAGAGCGCAUCUCCACAUUCACGAAGAAACCGUGAUUACAGUUUUUCUCCUCCACGGAGACGACAAAGAAAUUAUAGCCCAAAGGAUGACUAUAAUUCUAGGAGAACCUCACACAAACGUAGUCCUUCUCUGCCGUCAUCCCACAGGAGACAUCACAGCGACAAUGUUCGUUCUGAAGAUCGAAUUUCACAAAGGCGUACAGAAGAAUUAAACGAAAUUCCACGUCGCCGCAGAAACCGUUCUUCCGACCUUGGUUCUUCAUCUGAAGACGAGCGCAAAAGCAGUGUCUAUAAAAGAAAGAGGAGAGAUGAUACUAGUGACAGUGAGUUAGAUGAUCGCAGAGAUAGAAGGCCUCGGAGACAUCGGGACACUAUCGGUUCAAACUCCAGCGAUAGCUCAAUUCCAAAAGAGGAGACCAAACAUCCUCAAUUAUCGCUUCCUGAACAUCUUCAGAGAAAAAGGCGUAGAGGUAGAGAAAGCGAUUCAAGUACUUAUAGCAGUCAGAAUGAAAAUUGA